ACGUCAUUUCCGCUUUCUAUUUGUCAAACAUGGCGUUGCUUCUAAGGACAUUUGCCCGUCAGGGUGUCUCCCUCUCCAAACCUCAUUACCAGGUCCUCUAUAGACAUGCUGCUCCAAUGGGAACCACAGCUAAGGAGGAGAUGAACAAGUUUUGGGCCAAAAACACCAGAUUAAACAGACCCAUGUCUCCCCACAUCACUAUUUACAAAUGGUCCGUUCCCAUGUUGAUGUCCAUCACACACAGAGGAACCGGACUGGGGCUCAGCGGAGCUAUUUCAGCCUUUGCCGUGGCUGCAUUGGUCUUACCUGGAAACUACCCCCAUUACUUGGACCUGAUCCACUCCUUGUCCGUCGGUCCUUUUCUAAUUGGGCUGGCAAAGUUCGGCAUCGCCUUUCCCUUCUCCUAUCACACUUACAACGGCAUCCGUCACCUGUAUUGGGAUAUCGGCAAAGGCUUCAAAAUUCCAGAGGUCUACCGCACCGGCUACACAGUCAUCGGCCUGUCCAUCAUCACAUCUGUAGCUUUGGCUUUGAUGUGAGCAAAGAGGAGAGAAAAGUGGAGCAGAAGGGAUUGUGGAAUAAAUGAAGUGUGAACGUUUUGUUUAUAUGUCGUGGCAUGCUAUCAGCCUCUUUUCACCUGAAUAAAAAAAUAAAGAAUAUUAUACUGUA